UUUCCAGUCCUCUUGACCUGUUUGUGUACAUCAGAGUGCAGCCGAUAUGUUCCGCUGCGAGCGAGCGCGCACUUUUAGCGUUGCUAUGGUGACCUGUACAGGAAGACCAGAUUGCGCUGCUGCGCGGUAAAUGGGAGGCGAAGGUUCAGGAUUGCCUUAACGUGACGCAGAGCUGCACCGUGCUUUACAGCAGAAAAUAAGACACUGCGGGGACCAGGGGUACGGGGAAACCAGUGAGGAUAUGCAGCCCAGAGAACGGAUGCGCAAACAUAAAUUUACAGAAGCAGAGCUAGAUAUACUAAUUGAAGAAGUCACCCAGAAAGAAGACAUUUUGUUUGGCUUACAAGGCAACUGCAUGACGACAUAUGAGAAGAAUAAAAUAUGGGUCGAAAUAGCUCACCGGUUGUACGCAGCAUCUGGAAUGCAACGCACAGUAAGUGAGAUAAAGAGGAGGUGGCAAGACUUAAAACGCAGAACUAAGCAGAAGGUUGAAGAUGCACGGUGUCACAUGUCAAAAUCAAGCCCAUCAUCAGCUUUAUACCUAACUGCAAUGGAGCAAAGAGUAUACGACUCUUUAAAUAUUCACACAGUGGUGAAAGAGGAAGAACAGGACUCUGCUCAUUUACCUACUUGUGAAGGUACCUUCUCCUGCCAAGAUGCCCUGUCACCAGUUAUUUGCGAGAAAUUGCCUGAAGCCCAGUCUUCAUCCCUGCAGCUUCACCAAAGUGAGGAAACAUCACAGGUGCCUCCUCUGUCCAAGCCUGCAUCAUAUACUGAACAGUUCCCUUGUAUGCCCUAUGCCAACCAUGACAUAAAAACUGUUAACCAGGAAUGUAGCCAGAUUUCAUCUCAAAAUGUCCCAGAAUCAGAAAGCAGUCUUUCAGUGGUGAAUGACAUUUGUGAUGCUCCAUUACCUUCUUUUCCAGGUUUACGUAGCCCUCGAAAAAUUCACAGCAUUUCCAAUCCCAACAGAAUUGUCUCCGUUGGCCAUUUUGAGCAGCAGCUGCUUCGGGCUCACAGGGAACACACUGCUGUUCUCAAGGAAGGUUUCCGAACCCUGACUAGACAAAAUAGGCUAAUUUAUAGGGAAAUGUGUGAAACAAAUAAAAAUAUUGCACGCAUUGCUUCCCGCAUUGCAGAAAAAAAUGAAAGUGUGUCAGAACUGGCAGAGGAAUUAGUGGGCAUCCACCAGAAAAUCACUGAGAGUAUUGAUGCAACUAAUUGUCUCCAAGAUAGAGUUAUAGAUUUACUGGCUGCUCAGCAGGAGAGGCCCAUAAUUGUUGUUCCCAGCUCAGUUCAUGGCAGCCUUGUUUCUUCAUCUUCCUCAGCUGAUAUACUGGCAACAUCAAUGCACAGAGAGCAAGGAAAAUAAUGUGACAGCAUUGUUUAGCAGAUGGCUGCUGAACAAGACAGUAGUGCAGUGGUUGAACUGCUUGAAGUCCAUUUGACUUGCAGUCUGGGAUGCCUUCUAUGUGUAGUCUGCAAUGUCUGGGUGUGUCUGACUGGGUUUCAGCCUGAGGUAAUGAUUUUCUUGCACUGUUCCAAAUGAGAGGAGAGGAAACAACACUGCAAGCAUUUAAAGCACAGAACUCAUUUGUAAGGUUGCCGAAACACACCAACCUGCUGUGACAAUCGCCUCUUUUAAACUUUGCUACCUUCUUUUGAAUUGAAUCGGCAAGCUGCAUAGUCUAUAAGGAUGAUGGGCAAAUUCAUUGUUCUUCACCGAGCACGUUUCUCCUCACUUCUAAUCAAUGUUUUCAAUUUUAUGAGAGUUCUAAAAAAAUGAAGAAAAUAAGACUUUUUCACAAAUACUGUAAGUUUCUUUGAAUAGCAUACAAGGAGAAAAUGUCAGCAAAUACUAUUUGACUUGCACUGGUAGUGUUUUGAUAUGGAAGAGUGAGUGACACUUCUAGUUCCUCCAGUUGUUGAGAAGAAAUUGAACUACAUUGAACUUCAAAACAAUAUGGAUAUUUUAUUUUCCCCAUUCCAUGCUUACAUUUCAAGUUAAUAACUGACUGCACAGGUAGAGGCUACUUAUAAGCGAGCCACUCUUUAUAGAUAUGAUUUUUCUGCUGUUUAUAAAUGGUCUUUUCUUAUACUCUUGUGAAAUGACUGCAUGUCCUGAAUGCAACUCAUGUUCAUUGUAAUCGUGUCAAACUUAAAAGAGGACUCAUCACAACACUUUCCAGGGCCUGUGCCAGUAUCCCAAAACAGUUUUAUAUCAGUUACAUGUAAGAAGAAAUGCAGUAGUUUAAAAUUAAAUCAUGUCACUUCAUAUUUUCAAAUGCAGGAAAUUACAAUAACGUGAUUUCUGCUAUGGCCGCGUCACCUGGAACAUGAUAUUAGUAACAGUGAUGCUUGUUACUGUCUUCAAUGAAUAGGAAGAAGAAUGGCCAACUCCAAACAAGGUUUGUUUUUCAGAACCCUCACUGGGCCAUAUG